GCAGGGCUGUAAUUCAACCUCCGGAUGGGCCGUUGCCAGGAACCGAUCACGUUCUGAGUGGACUCGGUGGAGAGAUGUUGAAUGUCAUCUUAAGCAUGUAACAAUGAUCCCAAUAUAACCCUUUUGUUGCUGUGUACCCAUUGUCUCUCAACCUCACAUUACCAAGUCAUCUCAACAGUGGGCUAUAUUCCAAAUCAAGAUGGCCUCAGAAGAGCAACACAGCGGCGAUGCUGCUUACCGCCAGUACCUCCCGGACCUCACCACCCCCCGAUUCACUACCAUGCAGACGCAAGAUGCUCAUGAGUACGCAAAGGCAUUCAAAGAGGGCGGCGUGCCACCGUGGCUCCACGGCUUGUAUCUGCACUGGCAGAAGCUGUAUCAGGAGCCCUUCAAGGGGAUCACCAACGAUGGCCGCGUCCGCCCGGACCUCUUCCGCCUCCAAGACGAGGGCAUGCCCAUAACCGCCAUCGUCUCAGCCGCCAACACCCUCCUCUCCCACCUCACCCCAUCCCAACACGCCCUCCUAACCCACCACAUCGACUCGCCCGAAUGGCGCACCUGGUCCAACCCCGAAUUCCUGCUCUCCCCCAAAGGCCUCCGCCUCGACACCCUCCCCGCCCCCACCCGCACCGCCGCCCUCGCCCUCCUCAGCGCCACCCUCUCCCCCGAAGGGUACGCCAAAGCGCUCGCCGCCAUGCGCAUCAACGGCUUCCUGGGCACGCUCGUGCGCGCCCCGCGCGUGCUCAACGAGCACUCCUACAACCUGGCGCUCUUCGGCACGCCCUCGGCCACGCAGCCCUGGGGGUUCUCGUUCUACGGCCACCACCUGUGUCUGAACGUGUUCCUGCACCAGACCCAGGUCGUGAUCGCGCCGUGGUUUACCGGGGCGGAGCCCAACGUGGUGGAUGACCCCGCCGCGGCGCAUGCGGGGACGCGGAUCCUGCAGGAGGAGGAGCGGUUGGGGUUGAGGCUGAUGCAGGCGCUUAGGCAUUUGUGCGGUGCGUAUCGCGAUAAUCGGGUGGUGCCGUAUGAGGGGGUGGUGGUCGGGGAGAUGGAGGAGGGGGAGAAGGAGUUGGUGAGGGGGAUUUUGAGGGAGUAUUUGCUGUAUUUGCCCGAGAGGGCGCGGGAGAUUCGGAUGGGGGAGGUGGAGCGGUGGUUUGGGGAGACGUAUUUCUGUUGGAUUGGGGGGUAUGGGGAGGAUGACGCGUUUUAUUAUCGCAUUCAGAGCCCCGUGGUUAUUGUCGAGUUUGAUCACCACUCGGGCGUGUUCUUGACGAACAAGGAGCCGGCCAAGUUCCAUAUUCACACGCUGCUGCGGAUGCCGAAUGGGGGGGAUUACGGUAUGGCUUUGAGGCCGUUGAUUCCGGGCAUCGAGCAGGAGUAUUUGUGGGAAGGUGAAAGGGAGUGAGUGGUUAGUAAAGGUAGGAUGUGUGUAUAUUGGGGUAUGAAAACAGUGAAAUAGUGCUCCAUGCUGCAAUUGAUGCUGAAUGAUAUCUUCUACUUAACCCACUCG